GCGAGCCCCCUGCGAGCGGGUACGGGAGACGCGGAGAGGAGAAGGGAUAUGUCUCCAUCAGCAUGAUAUCACAGAGGGAAAAGGGCGAACUCGCGCGAUUCUACACGGUUACGGACCCCCGAAAGCACGAGAAAGGAUACACUGUUUAUAAAGUCACAGCACGGAUCAUCUCCCGCAAGAACCCAGAGGACAUCCAGGAGAUCACGGUGUGGAAGCGCUACAGUGAUUUCCGUAAGCUGCACAGAGACCUGUGGCAGAUACACAGCAACCUCUACAAACACUCCCAGCUGUUCCCUCCCUUCGCCAAGGCUAAGGUCUUCGGUCGGUUCGAUGACUCGGUGGUGGAGGAGAGAAGACAGUGCUCUGAAGACCUCCUCCAGUUCAGUGCCAACAUCCCAGCUCUCUACAGCAGCCAACACAUAGAGGACUUCUUUAAGGACGGGGAGGUGCAGGACGGCUCUGAGCUGAUUGGUCCAGCGGAACCCUUUUCUGACUUCUUGGCUGACAGCCUAUCAGAUUGCAGCUCUGAGGUCCAUAGAGAUAUCGGAGGAGUGGAUGAUCUGACCAUCUCCAGCCAGACAGAAUACGGUGGCGUGUCCAGUGAGAGUGAGCUGACCUCCCUGUGUGUGGACGAGGACUCAUUGGCUGGCCUGGAUGAUGGCAUGGCCUCAGGGGGCCUGUCACCCAAUCACGUUGCAGCUCCCACCCCCUCAGCGUAUCAGGACGCAGCACCGGCCACCCAGCUGAGAGAGGCACCGCUCCACGACGUUUCACGCAAUACCGUACCAGCCAAUAGGACGCCUCCAGAGGCGGUGCGCACCAAUAGGACGGCUCUAUUCCCCAACGCACUGAAGAAGAGGCGGGACUACCUGGAGAGGGCAGGAGAGCUAAUCCGAUUGGCCAAUCAGAAGGAGGAGGCGGGAGACGUGGAAACCGCCCUGUCACACUACAGAAGCGGAGUCGACCUGUUAUUACAAGGAGUACAGGGCGAGGUGAGUCCCAGCCGUAGGGAGGCGGUGAAGAGAAAGACUGCUGAGUAUCUGAUGCACGCAGAGCAACUGGCCAAUCAACACGCUCACAUCCAGCAGCUGACCAAUCACAACGCUCCCCUUCAUGACAUCAUGGGGCAGAACUCUUCCCACAGUGCGGUGCUGGGAACUCAGUGCUGUAGAUCAGGUGGUGCAAGUCAACAGCAAAGUCAGAAUGACGACCUCAACAACUACAGAGUACUGGGUGUGAUAGACAAGGUCCUGCUGGUUAUGGACAAGAGAACUCAGGAGACUUUUAUUUUGAAGGGUCUGCGUAAGAGUAGUGAUAGUGGGCGUGUGAGGAAGACCAUCGUUCCCCAGAGUGUUCCUCACAUGGUGCCCUUGAGGAAGGUCAUGCUGGCUGAAGACUCCAUAUUUCUACUACUGGAAUAUGCAGAGGGUGGUAAGCUCUGGUGCCACAUCAGCAAGUACCUGUGCAAUAGCAGCAGUGAUGAGGGCAGUCUGGAGAUUCCCUUCAUCCAGCAGAGCCACAAGCACACCACCGCCACCCAGCACAGCGCCGCACAGCACCACCUGAUGGACGACAGCGCCUCCUCAGGUGGGGAGACUGUGCUCACGGCGACCCCGAAGGGAGGCUUGUCCCUGGCAGAGAGGAGAGGAGGAGGAGGAGGAGGAGGAGAGGGGGAGCAACAGGAGCAGGGGGAGGACGAGAGGUGCACCAACAGCUACCUGACCCUCUGUAACGAGUAUGAGCAGGAGAAGGUGGAGCCAGAAGAGGAGGAGGAAGAGGAGUCAAACCAGGAGACAAGCGGCCUCUCCGUCACCAACGGAGACUCCUCCAUCACAGUCGCCAUGCCAACAGCCCCACGGACUAAAAUGUUGCUUAGCAACGACAGCCUGUCGUCAGGCGUGGGGGUGCAGGAGCAGGACGAGGGGGAGGGGGGUGUUUGUGGGCGGGACGAGGAGGUCUUCAGCUCGUUGAUUGGCGGCUCUCCUGAGCCAAUCAGCAGCGAGGGCUCUCUGGAGUGUUCCAAGCGCUCGCCCAUGGAGCUGUUCCGCAUCGACAGCCGGGACAGCGGCAGCGACCCCCUGGUUGCCCCUGGCCACGACCCCUGCCUGUCCACCUCUGACCUCGGCUCCUCGGAGGUCACGGAGGCAACGGAGCCCCUCCUGGAACUCGCACAGGUUCCGGAGGUGAAGGGUCGUUCGUGUGAGCUGUGGAGUGCGGAGCAGGAGGGCAGUGGCUCCGUCCCCGUCAUCUCCUUCAGCGAAGCGCUGGGAUUGGACGAGGUGGCGACGCGCACCCCCGACCUGCUGGCCAACCUGCCGGCCGGCGUGGCGUUGGGUCGCGACACGCUGGAGGUGGAACUCGUUGCGGCCGGCGGAACGCUCGCCAUCGAACCCUCGCACGCCAUUGGGCGGCCGCGGCCCGACGUCUUGCAACUGGAGCAUGACAUGGGGGAAGAGGCCCAUCCCGAUUGGUCGCUGGAGCUGGACGACGACGCCCCCUCGCUAUCCCUUGGUAACGCCCUCUCCUCGCUGUCGCUAGGCAACGCACUCAGCUCCUCGGUGGGCGCAGACUCGCUGGGGUGCAGCUGCAGCCCGCUGGAGCCGCCAGGACUCAAGAUGGCCACCGCCGUGGGAGACAAGAUGGCCGCCGGUUGCAGUGGCUCCAAUGACUUUGCCCCCAUUAUGGCCGCCGCUGGAGCCACCAUGGCCACCACUGGAGCCAACAUGGCCGCCAAUGGAGCCAGCAAGGCCGCCAGUUGCAUUGGAUCCAGUGACUUUACUCCUAUACAGGUCUCAGGGGGUUGCUCAGAGCCCAGUAGCCAGGCCAAGGGACUCACAGAGGGGGGGCUGCCUCUGCCUCUGCCUGGCUCUGGCUCUGGGUUGGGCUCGGUUUUGGACUCUGGUGUGAAUGGAGGACCUAAGGGGUCCGACUGUGGCCCGGAUGUGGACCGAACUCGAAACGAGAGUGUGUCGGCGCUUUUCCGAGAGCUGGAUGAGCUGCAUGCGGCGGCUGCACAGGUGCGAAUACCUGAGCCCUGGGUUCAGCGCUGGGCAGCACAGCUGGUCAUCGCACUGGACACCCUGCACCAGCAAGGGUUAAUAUGCAGAGACCUGAAUCCCAAUAACCUGCUGCUGAACCAUACAGGUCAUAUCCAGCUGACGUUCUUCUGCAGCUGGAGUGAAGUGGAGGAGUCUUAUGACCGAGAUGCCAUCACACGCAUGUACUGUGCACCAGAGGUGGGCGGGAUCAGCGAGGAGACGGCUGCGUGUGAUUGGUGGAGUUUGGGUGCCAUUCUCUUCGAACUGCUGACAGGAAAGGCCCUGCAUCAGUGCCAUCCAGCUGGUAUCAGCAGACACACAUUCCUCAGCAUCCCCGACUUCGUCUCAGAAGAGGCACGCUCUCUACUCACACAGCUUCUCCAGUAUAAUCCAGCUGAGCGUUUAGGAGCCGGAGUGGGCGGAGCCGAAGAUAUCAAGUCCCACCCCUUUUUCUCAUCUGUAACAUGGCCAUGACACACACACACACACACAACCAUCUUCUUUUCAACUGUAACCUGGCCAUCACACACACACACCCUUCAUAUAAUCUAUUACUUGGUCCUAACACACACAAACAUGGACCUUCUUACGAACGACUAUAAGAAAUCCAUACACUAACUUUCCUCGUCAACACUCACACACACAGACACACAGACACACAUACCAGACUUGUACGAAAUUCCGAAUUGGAUGAAUUUGAAUUCAAAAUAAUGCCAUAAUACGAGCACUAGGUGGUGUCAUUACCCUCAAUUUCUUUGAAUUUAAGCUACACCACCCAUUGAGAGUACAUAGAACACCACCACCUAGUGUUCGUAUUAUGGCAUUACUUUGAUUUCAAAUUCAUCCAAUUCGGAAAUUUUCACAAGCCUGACACACACACACACACACACACACACACACACACACACACACACCUGCCAAUGAAAGGACAAAGGGACCGCAUGGGGCCACACACACACCUCCAGGACCACUCAGAUGUUAACACACUCCUCUCUCUUACAACUAUGUGUCAUGAGUACUCUGUGUGAGUGAGCGCAUGUGCGUGCGUGCAUGUGUGUGUGCUUGUGUGUGCGCGUGCGUGUGUGUGUGUGUGUGCUUGAUUAUGAAAUAGGGAAACAGACUGAAGGGGGGAGGGGGGAUGGACGACGGCUGUUUUUUUAAUGCAGUUCAUGCACUUGUGCCACAGAAAGCUAAAAGAGUCAUACAGACAGACCACAGAGAGAGAGACGGGUGAGAGAGCGAUCACCAUCUACAGUUGUGCCACAGAAAGCUGAGAUUUCUACAGACAGACAGCUGAGAAAGAGACAGACAGCUGAGAGAGAGGAAAUGGACAAACAGACAGUCAGGUGAGAUCCCCUACACACAACUGACAGACUGACAGAGAGAGAGUGUCUGGUAACAGGUGAGAGAUAGACAGGUGUGAGGUGAACAGCUAAUAGACAAAGGAGAUGCUUCCUGCACACAGCUGUCAGACAGACAACUGAGAGGCUGAGAGAGAGAGACAGAAGAGCCGAGUGUUGACAGAGAGAAAGGUAAGUUACAGACAGAUAGACAAGGGAUGUUAACCGGUAACCGGUUAACCGAUCGUCAACGAUCGGAUCAACGUUAACCCGUUAAAAUUCUGCCACCGGUUAACCGGUUGUAAUAAUAAUAAUAAUAAUAAUUUCCUCCCAAAAAGCCCCAAAAAACUAUAAUUUUGAGGUUUUAGUACAAUAAUUCAGCAUUUUCCAUCUGGCAACAGUGGCUGGACAUGGCAGGUCCUGUCUGCGCAGGAAAAAAAAGGUUUAUGUGAAAAAUAAAAUUUAACAAAAUCAGUGCUGUGCAUAUCAGGCACGCAAACGUUGUAUAAUUUAAGAUUACCGGUUAACCGGUUAACCACUGGUUAAUGAGUCUCAGUAGCCGGUUAAGAGUUUUUUCAAUUUUCGCCAUCCCUAAGACUGACAGGAAAAUGCGAUCUGAGAUACACACACAGAGAGACAGACAGCUGACAGCCAGACAUGUUACAACAGGCUGCAGGUGAGACAGUCCAGCGUAGCCAAUCAAGAUGCCUGAGCCCAACACCUUUUUCCCACCCACAGCCCUCCCCCCAUUGGAUAGCAGAAGACAGGCGGACUCAAUGGCCAAUCAGAGAGCUGCAUUCACUUGUCGUCAGAAGCCUCCCAUAUACGGUGCCCAGAACAAAAGACUGGGAACGUGUGUGUGUGUGUGUGUGUGUGUGUGUGUGUGUGUGUGUGUGUGUGUGUGUGUGUGUGUGUGUGUGUGUGUGUGUGUGUGUGUGUGUGUGUGUGUGUGUGUGUGUGUGUGUGUGUGUGUGUGUGUGUGUGUGUGUGUGUGUGUGUGUGAUGAAAGUACCCCUGGCUCUACAGUGUCCAAAGUCUUGAGGCCACUCAUGCAUGCUAGCAGCACAUUUUAUAAAGAAACGAGCAAACGAGAGAGAGUGUAUUUGUUCAGUUCGGUUUUAUGCAACACUGUCCUGAUGCCAAAAGGUGUGUGUGUGUGUGUGUGUGUGUGUGUGUGUGUGUGCGUGCGUGCGUGCGUGCGUGCGUGCGUGCGUGCGUGCGUGCGUGCGUGUGUGUGUGUGUGUGUGUGUGUGUGUGGGCUGAUGUCCAUAAUGCUAAGUGGUAAUAGACUUCCCAUGUUAAACAAAUGAGAGACUGUAAGAGUGCUUGUUCAUGUUGAUAAUGGACACAAGAGUGUUUGAUGAGGAGUGUUUGUUUGUGUUAAUAAUUGGCAUUAAAUGACAUUGAAUAAUAAAUAAUAAUCAUGAUGUUUUA